UCCUGCUGCAGUCACUUCUCAUCUGGCCAACAUGAGCUUCACGGUAGAUCACCACCUCUUCGGUCCGACCUCGUACCGCAAGGCUCGGCCUGCCUCCGUGUCCUCCAGCGGCUUCCACUCCCAGCGCCGCCGCCUGACCUACAGCCAGCCCUCCACCGCGGACAGCUUGGAUACCUUCAACGGCGACAUGACACGGAGGAACGAGAAAGAGAUCCUGCAGACUCUGAACGACAGGUUCGCCGGCUACAUCGACAAGGUGCGCAACUUGGAGAUGCACAACCGCAACUUGGAGGCGGAAGCGGCGGCUCUGCGGCAAAGCCAGGCCGGACGCGCCACGGUCGGGGAGCACUACGAGCGAGAGCUGGUCGACCUGAGGGGUCUCCUGCAGCAGCUGACCGGGGAGAAGGCCCGUGCGGCUCUAGAGCACGAGCACCUGGAGGAGGACAUCCAGCACCUGCGGGUCAGGCUGGAGGAUGAGGCGCGAAACCGGGAGGAGUUGGAGGCUGCUGCGCGCACCAUGAAAAAGUACGUUGAGGAGUGCCGGCUGGCGAGGAUGGAGCUGGACAAGAAGCUCAGCGCGCUGGAGGAGGAGGCCGCUUUUCUGAAGAAGAACCACGAGGAAGAGGUGGCCGAGCUCCUCGAGCAGAUUCAAGGCGCCCAGGUGAGCUUUGACAUGCGAGACACGCUCAAGGUGGACGUCACCGGCGCCUUGCGAGAGAUCCGCGCGCAGCUGGACGGUCACGCAACCAAGUCCUCAACGCACGCGGAGGAAUGGUUUAAAGUGCGUAUGGAGCGUCUGUCCGAAGCUGCUCGGUCCAACCAGAAUGCAAUUCGUGGAAGCCAGGAGGAGAUCGCAGAGUACCGCCGUCAGCUCCAGAGCCGCACUAUUGAACUGGAGACUCUUCGGGGAACCAAGGAGUCACUGGAGAGGCAGCGUAUAGAGUGUGAAGACAGACACCAUGAUGACCUCAACUCACUACAGGAGACCAUCAAUCAGCUGGACAAUGAGCUGAAAACCACCAAAUGGGAGAUGGCCAGCCAGCUGAAGGACUAUCAGGAGCUGCUGAAUGUGAAAAUGGCUUUAGAUAUUGAGAUUGCUGCUUAUAGGAAAUUGCUGGAAGGAGAGGAGAAUCGCUUCGUGUCAGGAGGAGGUCCAUACUCUUACUUUGAAGGCAGAAUCUCCUCCCACUUGAAGGUAAAAGGAGAGGAGAUCUCAGAUACAGUCAUUGUGGAGGAACAGACAGAUGAGACCCAGGUGACAGAGGUGACAGAGGAGGCAGAUGAGGAGGAAGAGGAGGGAGAGAAAGAAGAAGAGGAAGGAGAGGAGGAAGAAGGAGAGGCUGAGGAAACCAAAGAAGAGGAAGAAGGCGAGGAAGGAGAUGAUAAGGCGGAGGAAGGAGAGGGAGAUGAAGAGAAGGAGGAAGAAAAGGGAGAGGAGGAGAAGGGAGAAGAGGAGAAGGGAGAGGAGGAGAAGGGAGAGGAAGAGGAGGCAGGUGAGGAGGAAGAGAAGUCCAAAUCUCCAGAAAAGGCUGUGUCCCCUCCGCCUAAAUCUCCCGCUGUCAAAUCCCCAGAAUCAAAAUCCCCACAAAAAUCACCAGAAUCUAAAUCACCAACAGCCAAAUCCCCGAUGCCCAAAUCACCCGCUAAGUCCCCCGCAGUCAAAUCCCCCGCAGGAGACGAGUCAAAGUCACCUGCUCCGAAGUCACCUGAGUCAAAAUCCCCACCCAGCAAAUCCCCUGAGUCUAAAUCUCCCCGUCCCAAGAGCCCUGAACCAAAGUCUCCAGAAAAAGAGAAGGCCAAGCCGGCAGCUGAAAAAGACACCCCUAAAGAGGAGAAAAAAGAGGAGAAGCCUCAGCCUGUCAAGGAGGAGAAGGAAAAAGAACCCGUGAAGGAGGAGAAGAAGGAGAAGCCCAAGGAGAAAGAGCCAGAGAAGGCAGACAAACCUGAUUCAAAGAAAGACAGCAAGGCGGAUGAAACGAAGACAGAAGAAGCUUCAAAACCUGCCGCUCCAAGCAAGCCUGCAGACGACAAGUCCAAGUCUGAGCCUAAAGAGAGUGCUCCCCCCGCCAAGGAGGAGAAACCCUCUGCUCCUAAACCAGAGAAGGCAGAGCCAGAGGCAAAGCCUAAAGCAGAGCCUGAGAAAACAGAGGGCAAGAAGGAGGAGAAGAAGCCAGAGGAGAAGUCCGCACCUAAAGCCGAACCCGAGAAAACAGAGAGCAAGAAAGACGAGAAGAAGCCAGAGCCAAAGAAGGAGGCCAGUAAAGAAGAGAGCAAGGAGGUGAAGGAGGCAGGGAAAGUGGAGAAAUCGUCCGGCCCAGAGUCAAAGGAGAGCAAGCAGGAGGAGAAGGCCAAGAAGUAAGGCUGUGAUUCAAGGCAGGAGGAGAGGGCAGAGACGCCAAAGAACUAUGAGACAGGGUAAAGAGCAGCAGGAGAGGGGCUGGAUGCACACAGCACACAGCUUUAAUGUCCAAAAGCAAAGCAGGUGAUGGUAUGUAAGCAAUAGUGAUUUCUGUAGCAAAUAACCCCCCCUGCUCCCUAAGUAUGGCCAUUACACCCCCCAGAUGCUUCUGAUGUAUGACUGUAGUGAAUGCAGAAUGCUUUAAACUCUAUCUGAAUGUGACAACUGCCCUUAAUAAAUAACAAGUGCAUUUAAACUGAAUCCCGCUGACGGGGACCGCAGGGGCCUGCUGUACCUACACAAGCCUUCAAGGGUAUAGAUGUCAAAACAAUGUCAAGCUAAAGAUUGUGACAGAUUCUGAAUAUAAAAAUACGUAUAUUUAAGGAGAUACAAAUGUCUAUAUUAUAUUUACAAAUAGAAAGUACUUGAAUUUUUGCUUGUUGUGGACCUUAACGUAGCUUCUCCUGACAGGUGAGCUGCAGCGUCUCACUCUUCUGGUCUGCAAAGAUGACUAUGUGUUAUGUAUAAACUACUGAGAAUAUGCAAUAUGAAAAAUAAAGAAUGGAAAAUCAAA